AAUAGUCAUAGAUAAUUAGACAACAAAAUUUUAUUUUCAGACACAAAGAAAGAGAAGCAAAUUUCCAGGACCGAUGCUUUUUUAGAGAUGGAGUUUCGACGUUUGGAAGAAUAUUUUGUGAAAACAAAGGCGUUUUCAAGCGUGAUGGAUAAACUUCAGAGAUUGGGAUAUGUUGUUAUCAAAGGCAAUCCUGGUGAUGGGAAAACUGCAACAUCACUCUUCAUAAUGAAAAGGUUAAAAGAUAUAGGGAAAAUACCGAUUCAAAUUCGAACACCCUCUGGUUGGGAUGAAUUUGUUUCACCGAGAGAAAAUUUGAUUAUAUUUAUAGACAACAUUUUCGGUGAAUUAUCUGUGUCACAAACUGACAUUACACAAUGGUCAAACAGGUUUCUAGAAAUGAAAGCUUCUGUAGGUUCUGGUAUAGAAGGAUCUGAUAAUGUUAUGAUCAUCACCAUUAGAAACGAUAUUCAUGAAGAAUGUUGUCUUUCUCUAAAAGAUGAUGAUUUCUUCCUAACUGCUACAGUUGACAUAUCAGACAGAUAUAAUAAAUUGUCAACAAUGGAAAUGACAAUGAUUCUGGAAAAAUACAUCCCGGAAGUGAAUAAUCAGUCAAUUAUUAUUGACUCUGAAAAAUUCUUUUCUGAUGUCCCGAACCUUGGAUUUCCGCAAUGUUGUCGACUUUUCAAAGACAAUCCUUUUUUACAGAAAGGAGGAUUAUCUUCAUUUUUUCAAAAUCCAUUGUAUUUUCUAAAAGAUGGAUUUCGGAAAUAUAUACAAAAUAAAGAAACAAAAAUGGCGGUGCUAGUAUUUAUUUUGAUGCAAGGAGGGAAAGUUGAGAAAAAUGCUUUGGAAAGAUCUACCUCUAAAUUGAAAGCUUCGAAGAUAAAAGCAAUGGAAAUGUGUGAAUUAAAACCAAGUCUUAUCGAUUUUCAUAAAUCAAUCAAAUCUUUCCUUGGAAGUUUUCUUGUGCUUGAUAAUGCAGACGGGUGUUAUAGAUUUUCUCACAGUUCCGUACAGAGUAGUCUGUUUCUUGUUCUUGGUGAAAUUUGCGAAAUGGAUGAUCUGAUAUGCAGUUGUGAUUAUAUUUUGUUGAAACAUCUCACUUCAAGCGAUUGUCCAACGAGUAAAAUGGAUACCUUGUUGAUAACAAGCGAACAUUUUCAGUGUGUGGCUGAAAAAAUAAUUUCCCUCAUCGAAACACGUAUUCCAACAGUUUUCGCCUCCCUUGCUGAACUUAUUUUGUGGCAAGAUGAAACUUUUUUCAAAGAAUUUUUGGAUAUCAAUGAAAAAGAAAAAGGGAAAUUUCUCUUUCAAGUAGAUGAGGAAAGUAAUUCUAUGAUGGUUCAUUUCGCAGCAGCAUGAAAUGAGAAAUGGAUGAAAUUCAUAUUUGAGAGAGUGAAGGAAAAAUCUUUCACAGAACAACACUAUCUUUCUUUAAAUUCAGCUUGUGAAUGUAACCAGAUAAAUAUUGUUGAAUCAUUACUCAACGCCAACGUUAAACCUGACAUUAAAAGUUGUUUCUAUGCAGUUCGAAGCGGAAGAAUUGAAGCAAUCAAGUUAUUAGUGGCUCGGGGUGUCGAUCUGAGAGAACGCACAUACUCUCUUACAUAUCACUGGAGAAGCAAACGGGGCACAAUAUCUGUGCUGGAUGAAGCCUGUCUCAUUGGUCAAAAUCAUCUUGUACUAGAAUUAUUGGACAUUUGUCCAGAUCUUCUUUACACAAAAAACGAAAGUGGGGAAUUCAGUUUAUUAUUUGUUGCGUAUGCAGGAGCCACAGAAACUUUGCAGACUUUGAUUGAAAAGGGAUUGAAUCCCUAUGAAAGAUCGUCUAUUGAAUCUACAAUAUUACACUGUGCAUGUCAAAAUGGUAAACUAAAGACUUUCCUUUAUAUCAUAAAAACAUACCCUGAUUUGUUAAAGGAGGACUACAACUACUCAACCCAAGGGACUCUGCUCCAUCGAACGGCUGAAGGGGGUAGUGUUGAAAUGUUGAAAAUUCUUGUCGAAAAAGGCAAAGAUAUAUACUGUAGAACAAGUGAUGGAAAAACUGUCUUACAUAUAGCUUGUAAGGACGGAAAAUUUGACAUGUGUAGGUACUUAGUGGAAACUUACCCAAAACUGCUUCAAAUAUCGGACAGCUUCAUGAUGCUGGGUUUGGAGGCAAUGUUGAGAUAUUCGAAUUCCUCAAAGAAAGAGGUCUGAAUGUGGAAUCUGUUAGCUAUAAGGGGAAAACAGUCCUUCAUUACGCUUGCACAAACGGUAGAUUAAAACUCUGCAAACACAUUAUUAGAGAACAUCCAACGCUACUGGCAGUCAGGGACAAUAAAGGUGUUCGUGUAAUCCAUGAAGCUGCUUGGAGUGGAAUUGUUUAACUUUUAAAAUUUUUAGUCAAAGCCAAGAAAGACUGGGGCAUCUGUGAUAAAACAUUCGAUGGACAAACAUUGCUACACCUAGCAGCAGAUGGAGGCUGCUUGGGUAUGUCUAAAUAUUUACUGGAUAAAGAGCCGGAUCUUGUGCGAGAGGUGGACAACGAAGGAAUGUCAGUUUUACAUACUGCAGCUUCGGGGGGAAACAUUCGAUUAUUUCAAAUCUUGCUGGAUAUUGGUCUUCUUCCAACCAAGAAGACAAAAAGUGGAGAAUCGGUUCUUCAUCUGGCUUGUAAAAGUGGGAAGUUAUUAAUGAGCAAGUAUCUUGUUGAUGAAUAUAAACAGCUUUUGGGGGAAGUGGAUAACGAGGGUAACACCGUGGCACACUCCGCGGCAUAUAGUGGAAAAAUUCAACUACUGAUUCUAUUACAGGAAGAGGGAGUGGAUGUACAAGCUAGAUCAAAUAAAGGAAAAACGCCAUUGCAUGUGGCUAGUGAACAGAGUAAAAUAGAUCUCUGUAGACAUCUUCUUAACACAAGUGAAAACGAAGAUUUGGUCAAAAUCAAAGAUAAAGACGAUAUGAGUGUUUUACACAGCGCCGCCGCUAGUGGAUACAUAGGACUUUUUAAACUAUACAUUGAUCGAGGUUUACGUGCAGCCGAUUUCACUAGAGAGGGGAAGUCGGUUUUAAGCUUUGCGGCAAGAAACUGUAGAAUACAAAUGUGUAAAUACAUUGUUGAAAAGUAUGGCGAGUUGAUAUGGCAUAUAGAUAACCUAGGUGAAAAUGUGCUCCAUGAUGCGGCACGAGGCGGCAAUUGCAAAGUGUUCGAAAUAUUCAUUUCACUUGGUUUAAGAGCUGACACCAAAAACAAAAAAGGAGAAACUGUGCUCCAUAUUGGUUGCUCAAAUAAAAAAUUCAAAUUUUGUGACUAUGUUCUAGAGAAAUAUCCGAGUUUGGUGGAAGAGGAGGACAAUUUAAGCCAAAAGGUACUAAGAGACACCUCUCUAGAUUCUCUGCAAAAUCAGUAUCGGUUUGUAUGUUCAAGUAUGGAAAAGGAAAAAGGAAAUUUAAAAAUAAGUAAUUGACUGCGUCCUCAGAUGAUAAUAAAAACUUUUAAGAUUAUAUGCUAAAGCAUAUCUUCAACGGCCUCCCAGAAGUGGUGGCAUCCAAUGUUAAAGUAUUCGCAGAUGACUGCUUUAUCUACAGGACAAUCUAACUAAUCAAUGACACAUUCCAACUUCAACAAGACUUAAGUGCACUUGAGAGGUGAGAAAUGACUGGCAGAUGGCUUUUCACCCUAAGAAUUGUACCACCAUCCACAUUUCUAAGAAACGCCAUCCAAUCUAAGAAUCUUACCAAUUGCUUAGCCAUAUCUUGGAAGAUGUCCCAAGUGGCAAAAACCUUGAAAUCACAAUUAGCAAAGGCCUGUCAUGUCGCGAGCAUAUCACUCAAUUUCUGCCAAGGCCACGAGAACAAUUGGUUUUUUAAGAAGGAAUCUCAGAGGUUGUCCACAUGCUAUCAGGAGCAAGUCAUGCACAACCCUAGUGUGUCCAGUAUCGGAGUAUGCGUCAGUGGUUUGUUUCCUUACCUACAUCAUCUAAUUCAACGGCUAGAAGAUACUCAGUGCCAGGAAGUAAGGUUUGCCAUUGGCGAUUAUAAAUCAAGAGAUACAGGAAGUAUGUCCACCAUGCUAUAUCAACUCGGUUGUUGUGAACCACUAACACAUUGGAGGAUCCGGAACCAAGUGCUCAUGUUCUACAAAUUUAAAAUCAGAUUAUGGAAAUCCCAGUACAUCACCUGCUUCAUGUCAACCAUUAGCAGUACCCGUGGUUUUAUGGCAAAUGAAGUCCGCCAAAUCAGCACCUGGGUUGAUGUCUACAAGAAUUCAUUUAUUUCAGCAACUAUCAUAGCAUGGAACAAUAUACCAGCCACAAUUAAGAAUUCAUCAUCAGUGCACCUGGACAUCUGCAGACACGAUAUACCGGUAAUUAGACCAUCUAUUUACCCAGAAACACGCUGUCUGAGAUUUUGCAUCACUUAACUGUCCACUUUUAACUUUUUAUCCCCUUUUAAAUGUACAUGAUUUUUAACUGUUCACCAUAGAGUUACAGGAGUAUUGACACUCGAUUUGAGUACACUCCACAAACAGAGGAAGAAGAAAGCAGAAGCUCCUAUGGAACCUCCUAAAAAUACAAAAUUCUGAACUGUUGAGUGAAAGAAAUGUUAUGCGUGGCUGUCAAUUGAGAUUUAACAUAAAAAUUAAACUUCAUGUACGUUGGUAUGGCAAUUUAUAUAAACAAUCCAUGUAUUUAUUUAAGGAAAGUAUAAAUUAACUGAACAAUAAAAUGAUUAAAAAGUAUAUAAGAAGAUUCAAGGGACCAUAAAGAUGGCAGAACAAUUCGAAAUCAAAUUAAGUACUUAUAUAAACCCAUACGCCUUACAAUUAUUAUGAAGAAGCUCUGCCAUAAUAUAACCCUGUGAAGGUUAUAUUUGCUAACAAUGUCAUUUUAAUGGUCACGGAAUUUACGAAAUGCUGAUUAUAACUGUUUGUUGAAAUCCAUGUCACAUCAAUUUAUCAGUCAGUAGCCUGGCUC